AUGAUUAUUGGCAAAAAACGAAAGACUUCACGUAAAAUGCAAUCCAUAUUAAUAGACGUGGCGAUGAAUAUUCAGGUGAUUACACAAAACUAUAACAAUUCAAUACUGUAUGAGUUUGAAGAGAGUCUGGAGAAGGCAUCGAUGGAUGAAGUGGUGGAAAACUGGUGGCAAAAGUUUUUCAAUACAAAACAUUUGUUAGAAGACGUGUCGGUGAAAGAGAUUGUGUUUCGUUCGUUCGGAGCGUUUCUUUGUUUGUUGAUUGUGUUGACAACACUUGUGGGCAAUAUUCUGGUCAUCGUUGUUGUGACCAGAUUUCAUCGCAUGAGAACCGUUACCAAUAUAUUGCUGGCCAGUCUGGCGUUCAGUGAUAUAACUGUGGCCUGUCUUCAAGUAUUCUUCAUCUCUGUUGUGUCGCCAUUGAUAGAGCAGUUGUGUUAG